AUUGUGUGUGUUUCCAACAGAGUUCGAGUUCGUUCAACAAAAGUGAUGUUCUGUUCUGAUUCUGAAAAAAGAAAGAUAAUUUUGCAAAUAAAAAAAAAAUGAUGUUUUUUUUGUUGUCUGCCUCGAUGUCGUCGAAAAUGAAUAUCAAAUUAAUACAUAUAAAUUAGUUAAUUGACUCUGAGACAAAUAAAUAUAACACAGAAUACACAAAGAUUAAGCAACCCCUUUUUACUAAACUUUUUUUCCCGGAGCGAACGAAACAGUGAUUUCAACCAAGAAAAAAAAAAAAAAAACGAAACAAGAAUCCAUAACAAAAGAAAGAUUUGAUCAGAAACAUUUUUUUAUGAAAAAUACUUUUUUUUUCUUUUUCAGUUUCAAUCCAACCUAAAAAAGGUUCGAUUUGCAAAAAAAAAAUAUAAACAACAUUUACUUCAUAAUCUUUGGAAGCAAAAGUUUAUCGAACAAAAACAAUAAAACGCAGAAAACAGAAAGAAAAAACUACCAAUCAGUCAUCGCGUGAGUGAGACUGACUGACACACGGCACUUCUCAUAGAAUUGACAAGGGUGUUGCAAAAACUGCAAAGAAAUUGGUAAAUUUUCUUUCUUUAGUGAAUCAGGGAAUCAGAGUUUGUGUCUGCCCAAAAUCGAGACCGACCCUAGAAAAAGACCUAUGCAAAAUGAUGAAGUGAUAAAGAUUAAUUGAGUGCACAUGACAAUCGAUUGAAGAAGAAGUUUCUUCAGUUUUUUUUCUCUCCUGUCGAGAAUAAGAGUUGAAUUGUAUUUAUAUUUGUUAUUUGCAAACCUCGCCGCGGGCUCUGUGAACUAAUUUCUCCGCCAUUCAGAGUCAGCCAGAGUGAAGAGGUGGAGUGUGGAACAAAGAACCAUCUCGUCGAAACCCACCCAAAACUAAUAAUUCCUCCUUCUCCUUUUCCUUUCUUGCAUCGAGUUCCUUUGUUUUGUGUUUCUCCUCUGUUGUUUGAUCUGUGUUUUGUGUUCUCACUGACAACACAUUCAUUCCUUUCGCGAAUCAUAAAGGAAGAACAUUCUUGACUUUGUCGUCUUCAUUUUUAAAGUCACUUUGCAACCAUUCCCAUACCCAGAUGGGGGCGAAGGCGAGUACCCCAGCAAAUAGUGGUCAUCAAAGUCCACGAACGCGCACAUUCUCGAGCAGUUCUAGCACCGAAGUGACGACGAGCAACACUUCUCCACCUGGCAAUACAGCCGGCUUUAAUGUGUUGCGAGCUCUGCCGGGCAUUCAAGUCCCACAAAAUGAUCGCCAGAGAGCCCGAAGUCUCUCAUCAGUUCCAGAUUUACAUCAAUCUGGUGGUGGUGGUGGUGUAGUUGGGAACAACAAUAACGGUCAUAACCAUCAUCAUCAUCACCAUCAUCAUCCACAUUUGGUCGGUCAUAAUGAUCGUAGUACUCUAAUUAAUCGUGGAGGUAGUAGCUCGACAGCUGUAGUAGUGUCGUCGGGUACUUCUAGUACCACUGUUGGUCCGGGUGAUCGUAUUAUUUAUGGUGGGCAUUCGAUAUUGUUAAAUGGUGGAACAACAACUGGUGGUGCUAUUAGUUUGGAACAAGUUGAAGAAGCAGGAAUUGUUGAUGGGAUAGCUGCGUCGGUGGCGGCAGCGGCAUCGGCAUCGAAUAGUGCCAUGGGACGAGUUUAUACAGCGACAUCGUUGCCAUCACAUAUAUGGUCGUUAAAUGGUAUCAAAUGCCCAGUUUGUAGUAAAUUCGUUCUGCCCGAUGACAUUGAAUGUCAUUUAGUUAUGUGCCUAACAAAACCUCGUCUCUCAUAUAAUGAGGAUGUUUUAACCGAUGCGAAAGGUGAAUGUGUGAUCUGCUUAGAGGAAUUAAACCCUGGAGAUGUUAUUGCAAGGCUGCCAUGUCUUUGUGUCUAUCACAAAGGAUGUAUAGAUAGAUGGUUUGAAGUAAAUCGCUCCUGUCCCGAACAUCCUGGCGAUUAGUAAGCCUAGUUAAACAUAAGUUAAUUAGAUAAUUAUUUUACGAAAUUAUAUAUAAUAUAAAAAUAAAAACAUACAAAAAUAAAAAAAAAAGAAUGUGAAAGAAAAAAAAAAUAAAAAACAAAAAAAUCUAACUGAUAAAACAAAAAAAAAAAACAUAUACGAAGCGAGAGGUGUAAACAACUCCUACCAAAUUAUUAUUCUUGUCAUAAAACCAAAACAAAAUAUUUUUCUAUAUAUAUAUAUAUAUAUGUGUACAUAUAAAUUAUAAUUAUUAUUGAUUUUUAUUAUUAUUAUUUCUUUUUAUAAUUAUUGUUUUGUUUUGUUUUUUCAUAAAAUCCCCUUUGUAUUUUUGUUUUUAUAUGAAUUAUUAUUUUAUUUAAUUUUUUUUCCUCAUUAAUUUUUUAUUUUUAUCUGUUCUGUAACUCAAAAUCUAUAAUGUAUAUGGCAUGUUUAUUUUUUUUUUGUUAAGUUUAAUAUUAUAUUAAACUUACAUGUAGGUUUAUUAAGAUUUUUUUAAUUAGUUUGUUUGUUCUUUAAGAUUUUAGAAAAAAUUUAAUGAAAUUGAUUUAUUUUAACAAAAAAAAAAGAAGAUAA